GACAAAAAUUGCUAACUUAUGCCGUUAGCCCAGAAUCAAUGACGAAACUGCCGUUUAGAUUCACCAAUCUUCGACAAAAACUUCUCGAUCGUGCUUUGUCAUUUGACAAUACAUUUUGUAUGUCCUUGAAUCCGUCUUGUGUAGUGGAAGUGGAAACUAAUGAUAAUUUACACCAGACAAAGACCAGACAAGAUCGAGACGAUUACUUAUAUCCGGACAGUGAAAACAAGCACCAUAUCCUGAAUGAUUAAAUAUUUAUAAAUCUACAAAAGAGUCACCGGACAGCAUGCUAUCACCUCUCCGUGCCCCUAUCUGAUCAGGAAAACACCCCCUCUACCGAUGCAUCUGAGAAAGUAUUGUCAUCCAAGACCUUGAUGAAGUGGGACGAUUUUUUGGUCAUACCGUUCAGUCGGAUCGAUUGAAGCUAUUUAUGGAGAGACGUCUGUCUGACAACCAUUGUCUUGUUGACAUCCACUUUGACACCAGAGACCGAGGAUAUCAUCAUCGUAGAUGAGAGGUACUGGAUUCUAUUUUGGAGGAAUCUAAACAUAUUUAAAAUUCAUGUCCAGCUACUUGACUCUUUCUAUAUUUUUCAUGUUAUCUUGUCUUGUUGACACCAAAAUCUGAAGAUAUCAUCACCAUCAUUGCUCUUGGAGAGAUACUGGAUUCUAUUUCGGACCGGUUUAUUUGUAUGGAAAGAGGAAGCUAAACAUUCUUAACGUUGCGGCUGCUUUGGACCUUCGACGUUGUUUGUCUGCUUUUUUUUUUCUUCCACUAACGUACGACAUCUUCGAAACUUGUGGAAGAAAUCUCCAAACCUCGAUCUUUCGGAUACUGGAUCUAUCAGGAAUGAUACAACAAGUGGAAUAAGACAGUAUUGAUCUCAUCAUUUCUAUCAGGAUAAUGUUAUCGUCUUUUCUUCAAGAAAUAAUAAAAAUUGUAUUUCAAUUACUUCAACUGGAAAACGUAAAGGGAGGGAUAAGAACGAUCCAUAAAUUAUUUUGGAGAACAAAAUUCCUUCACAUUUAUUAGUUUAGUUUUAGUGAAAAUUUCGUGAGUGAUAAUGACAUAGGUUCCAUCUCAAGGAGAACUUGCCGUUGCAAAUUUAAUAUUCUUUAUACAAAGGACGUAACAUAAACGGAAAUCACAUUCUAGGACAUGUUGAACAUCGACCUAUUAACGAUGUAUCGUGUUAAGAUCCGAACCCUAAUCUUUCAGAUCUUAGUAUCUCUGAUACUGAUUGCCCUCGCCGGAUGUUACAACAUUGAUACGACAUCGCCUCUCAUAUUCAGCGAUGAUCACGUCGACAGCCGUUUCGGACUGUCACUCACUCUUCAUCAACAUGGAUCUGAGAAUAUGUUGGUUGUUGGUGCUCCCAAGGGACAAUCCAAUUAUACUGACAUUGUAAGAGGAGGCGUGGCAUACAAGUGUUCCUUCACCAAUCAAAACGCGUCACUGGCUGGUAAUUGCACUGAGAUGCAACUAGACACUCGGGGUAAUGAUUUCUCGGAAUCAGAUCGACAAAUUUUUAAUAAAUCUGACCAGUGGUUAGGGGCGGCGAUGUCAAGCGGAGGACCCAAUGGAUCAUUAGUGAUCUGCAGACCCCGAUAUCAGUAUUAUUUUUACCGUUCCAACGGAUUGCAACAGCAACAACGGGACCUCUUGGGUGGAUGCUUCGUCCUUACCCAAGAAGACUUUGAUCAUCCAAACAUCCUACUACCAUGUAUCACUGGUGGUGACAGACGUUGCCAAUUUGGCUUCAGCGUAGAUGCAAAAAAGGAUCAUAUCGUUUACGGAGCUGUUGGACUUGGCAGACAAGAAGGUCAAUUUUGGAAAAGUGAUAGCAGGGGUGAGCAGAGACAAAAAAGACCAAAAAGGAAAGUUGGCGUCACAAGAGAGAACAACUACAGAGGCUAUACAGUGGCUUCUGGUGAUUUUAAAGGAGAUUCGAACCCAGAAUAUGCUAUAUCAGUGCCCAGACAUAAACAGGCCUUUGGCAAGGUGGUUCUGUAUGAUAGUGACCUGAAUGAGUACAAUGAAUUAGAGAAUAGCGAUAUGGGGUCAUAUUUCGGCCAUACACUAGUUACUUCCGACCUUAAUAAUGACGGCUACGAUGACCUGGUCGUCAGCGCCCCUCUUUUUACCGAUUCCAUUUCUAACAAUGGUUCACUUUGGGAGAUAGGAAAAGUCUUCAUUUACUACAACGACAGAAAUGGUGGUUUUGGCUAUGCUGAUACCAUCACCGGUCGUGAUGUCGGCGGGAGGUUUGGGUAUGCAGCGACGUCACUUGGGGACAUCAACGUCGAUGGAUUCAACGAUUUAGCCAUCUCUGCCCCAUUCAUUGACAAAGGAAACAGAGGAAAAGUCUUUAUAUAUCAUGGGAUAGGCCACAAUGCCAGGCUGCCCUUGACGCCAGUACAGGUAUUAGAGUCCAGACAGUUUGGUCAAGUCCUUGUCCCGUUUGGUUGUGCGCUGUCAGCAGGAGUCGAUGUAGACUCCAAUUCUUAUCCAGAUCUCGCUGUUGGAGCCUAUAGGUCCCAGGUAGCAGUUGUUUACAGAACGCGACCAUCUUUCACGGCAUCAAUGCAGGUAUUCCAUGAACCGAGAUUGCUUGAUCUAGAUAUUUUAGAUCAUCUCCUUCCAGAUGGGACACUUACUACGAGGAUGAAUCUGAACGUAUGCUUCUCGUUCGUUGGCCUUGGUCUACCAAAAUCAAUUGUCAUAGGUUAUAACAUCACCAUAGAUGCCGCAAAAUCACAGUCUCCUCGUAUGGCAUUCAUGGAAUCGCGCUCUGCAACACUGCAAUCUACGAUCGUAGCUUCAACAGAGAGCACGAUGCACUGUACACGGCAUAAAGUCUACAUUCAGCCAUCAAUAGUUGACAAACAGACUGCUAUAUCGGUGGUUUGUACCUAUGAUUAUCUGGAGGACCAGCAAGCCAACUGGACACCUGCUGGUUAUCUCAUACCGGUACUCAGUAGAUGGGCUGUUACCAGGUCUGCAUUUUCAGUACCUCUCAAGCGAAAUUGUGCGAACGAAACUUGUUUUCCAAAUUUAGUCAUAUCGCCAAAAGCGGAGACGGAUUAUCUUAUAGCUGGUGAUAACGGGGAAGCUUCAAUACGAGUGGAUAUCGAGAACCACGGCGAAGAUUCGUUUUAUUCUACUCUGGAAAUAAGAAUUCCAGACGAUAUCAACUUUAGCAAACUUGAUAGAACAGUUACGGAUUCCAUUGUGACGUGUUCGGUCACUAGACGAGUCGUCGUGUGCCACAUAGGAAACCCGCUAAAAGCAGGAGGAAAGGUGAAUAUGCGAAUCUGCUUUCAAACUGAAGAUCUCUCAGUGACAGAGUCCGAAGUCAUCUUUGCAAUGACGGCUAAAAGCGGAGAUGAUGAACUGGAACACCAUUCCGAGGACAACCAUGCAAAUGUUUCAAUCCCUGUAUUUUCGUCAUCGAAUAUUACUCUUAGAGGUGAAGUCAACCAAGAGCUGUUAUUAUUCAAGGAGAAAGACUAUCCUCUAAAUCGAGUUGUGGAAUUUCAAAACGAUAUUGGUCCUCUGAUUACUUACACAAUAUCGCUGGUUAAUAGGGGCCCUAGCCCCCUCGGUCCUACGGAGCUCGUCCUCUCCUGGCCGACCUUCCCCGUCCUAAACGGUCAGCUUCUCUAUCCGGUCAGUGCUAUAACCGACAAUGAUGGAGACUGUUACGUCAUCAAUGGGCAGUGGAACCCUGAAAAUCUCACAACGACAUUUGGAAAUUACAUCCGGGGCAGACGACAUCGUCGAGAUGGGCCUCUUUCCACAUCCUCUCAAACGAGAAUUGCGUCUCCAUUAGCAUCGUCCCAACUGAAAUCGCUUGCCUGUAGGUCCAGUUUGUCACCAUGCGAUAAGAUAGUGUGCUACGUAGAUACACUGGCCAGGGGGCGACACUCGGAGAGGGAUGAAGUGGUUGUCAUAGUAACAGCACGCCUCAAAACAGAUCUCUUAGUAAAGUACAACAUUACAGGAUUCAAGUUGAUGACCCGUGUAGAAGCUUUAGUCAAAAAUAGUCUUCAUCCAAGCACUCCGUUUCUCAAUUUACCGACCGCUGAUAUUCAGAUCAGUACGACAGUGCUUGGGGAGAUCGACCAACCUCAGCAACAUAUACCGUACUGGGUGUACAUCGUCGCAAUCGCAGGGGGACUAUUUAUUCAACUCGUGGUCAUCAUCAUACUACAAAAGACUGGCUUCUUCAAGCGGAAGAAGAUUUCUCCAAAGCAAAGGGAAUGUCUAAACCUGGAGAAGGAACCAGUAGUCCUGUUGUCAGCGACUCCAUUAGAAAGAAAUUCUUUAACUUCACCAAUGCAACGGAAUCCUCUCGCUUGCGACAAACUCUUCGAUAUAGACAACAGAAGAAGUUAAUAAAUAUACAC